AUGUCCGACAAACAAGUACCACAAAGACCAAAAGGGCUACAUAUGAGUCAUUUAUAUACAGAACCAAUUCCAAUGUCAUUCGCAACACCACAACAAUUGGCUAGUUUAGCAUCUGGAGCAACUAGUCUUUUUCCUCGUAUGCCUAUGACAACUGGAAAUCAAGCAUAUAUGCCAAUGAUGAAUGCAGGUUAUAACAUGAAUCCCGGGCAUAAUAUGCAUAGUCCAAAUUCACAGAUACAACCUAUACAAUCAAUAAAAAAUAAUACAGUUGCAACUUCUACUGCUACUGCUGCUAGUACUAACUCUCAAGCAGCAUCUUCUGAUAAGAAAACAUUGAAACCAUUACCUCCACAAGAAAUUGAUUUAGAUACAUUUAAAGGUUUUAAAUUUGUUACACUUGAUGAUUUACAAGUUGAAACAAGAGACAUUUAUGAUAAAAUUAGUGGAACAUUCAAAUGGGAAAUGUGUCAAGGUCAAGAAGAGAGAUGUGUUAGCUGUAUACGUGAUGAUUGUAAAAAUAAACGAGUCUUUCUCGUAUCAUCUGGUUCACUUGGAUCAAGAAUUGUUCCAUUACUUCAUGAAUUACCACAACUUUAUGCUAUCUAUGUUUAUUGUGCAGAUGUUGAACGUCAUAGCAAAUGGGCAAAAGAUUUCUCUAAAGUACGUGUUGUUUGUAAUAAUGAUGAUAAAGAUUUAUUACCACAAUUCGCUGUUGAUGUUGCACAAUCGAAUAUUGAUUGGGGAAAUGCUUUACUUAAAAAAGGUACACAUGAUAAAGCGAAAGAAAAAUUUGAAUUAGCAUUAAAGAAAUUGAAAGAUCAUGCUGUUGAACACGAUAAUGCUAUGGAUAUAGAGAUUGAAACUAAAAUAAAAGAAUGCAAAUAA